UCCAAAAUUGAACUAAACAACAAAAAUUUGGUCUGUGCAAUAUUUGACUUAAUUGUACUCAAGGGUUAUCUUACCAAUAAGUGCUCCAUUGACAAAUGCACGCAAAACAUGCCCACGAGAUGUGACAUUAAUCACGGCUUUUUUGCAGUCUGGCAAUAUACUGAUCGAAUGGCGUGGAAUUUGAUAUGUUCGAUUUCGAAAUUGAACAUCUGCAUUAUGUCUACUUCUGUGAGCAAAGCUUCACUGCUGCAUGUAGUUCCUGGAGAUGACCCCACUUUGGCUGCCUUAUUAGACCUUCACCAUAUUCAUCCAAGGGGGCUUGAUCGUAAUAACUGGAGG